CAACUGACCAACAAAAUGUGGAUAGAAUGGAAUAUAAGGUUGGAGAAAGGAGCCACAUUAAAGCAAAACAAGGAGGACCCACCUCAUUUUGUGCAGGCAUUAAGCCGGUCGCCUGCGGGUCCUUCCUCCUUUUCUACGUCCCUGAGCAAGCCCGGCGUCAAGAUGAAUGACACUGUAACAGUGAGAACCCGCAAGUUCAUGACGAACCGGCUGCUUCAGAGGAAGCAAAUGGUUGUCGAUGUGCUGCAUCCUGGCAAGGCCACAGUCCCCAAGACUGAAAUCCGGGAGAAACUCGCCAAGAUGUACAAGACCACUCCAGAUGUUGUGUUCGCUUUUGGCUUCAGGACACAGUUUGGUGGUGGCAAAACAACAGGCUUCGCCAUGGUAUACGACUCCCUAGACUACGCCAAGAAGAAUGAACCAAAACACAGACUGGCCAGGCAUGGCCUCUAUGAGAAGAAGAAGACCUCAAGAAAGCAGCGCAAGGAACGCAAAAACAGAAUGAAGAAAGUACGAGGCACCAAGAAAGCCAGUGUGGGCGCUGCUGGCAAAAAGAAAUGAAGUGUCAGUUCACAGUGAGUCUGGACAGCCAGGGAAGGUCUCCGUGGUCAAGAUGGUCUUGUAUAUUGUCAGGAAAUAAAAGUUCAGAAAAAUUGGAAA